AUGGAGAAGCGCACCGAAGAUCUUGAAUUAGAAAUGGGGACAGACUAUCCGCACCUAGUUGCAGAUCCAAAUAGCUUGAAGCGAAUGCUUAGUCGUGCCUCUUUGAUCUUUGGCUUGAGUGAUAUCUUGGAAAGCUUGGAAAUGAGCUUUGUUGGAAGCCUUGAGACCUUGAAAGUUGAAUUUGAAGUGUUCCAGUCGCUGCUUGAAAGAUUCGAUUCCUUGUCCCUCAUCUUUCUUGAAACCAUCGUCAAGAAUUGCAAGAAGGCUUUCUCUGAAGUCACUGCUGAGAGGGUUAUUGAUGAUAUGGUUAGGUUAAUUGACGAUCCUCAAAUUGUUGUUAUUAACCGCAACAAGGCUUUGAUCAUGAUUAAGGCUUGGGGCGAAUCCAGUGGCGAGCUUCGCUAUCUUCCUGUUUAUGAAGAAACAUACAAGAGUCUGAAAUCAAGGUGUAUUCAGUUCCCUGGCCAUGACAACGAGAGCUUAGCGCAUAUUUUCACUCCUUCACAUUCGGUGUCUGAGGCUGAACUUGAUCUUACACGCCAGACUCAGCAUGAUGAUAUUCCUGUGUAGAGUUUUACUGAACAAACUAAGGAUGCUUUUGAUGUUGCUAGAAAUAGCAUUGAGCUUCUUUUUACUGUGUUGUCUUAUUUUCCACAACAAGAUGUCUUGCAGGCCUUCAAACCCGUGCAGGAAUUUGAGCAAGAGAGCAAGGAAUUAAAAGAAGAGCACAUUGAGAGUCCCCUGAAGGAGAACAUAAAUGAACCACAAGGGCAGCAUCUAGAGCUUUCCUUGAUGGAUAAACAAGAAACUCAAGAGAAGAAGUAA